AUGAGCAGGUCAUGUGAUCAGUUCCAGUAACGAUGAAUAUAACGUGAAGACUUUUUAUUAAAUGUGUCUCAUUUACAUUUCAAAUGCAACUCAACGUUAGUUUGAGUCGUUUCUACUCAGCAGAUCCCUGCAGUUCACGGUCCCGCCGGCAGCGGCAGCACCGAGCAGCUGCUGAACCAGGAGGCCUCCGUGUCUGAGUUCAGCUGCGCCCCCUGGCGGCGGGUUCUGACAUGACGUCACGUGACGAGCUGAACUUUAACUCUCACACAUUUAACAUCAAACACCACCGAAGAAGAAACGAGUUCCUCGGCACCGCGGCGGUGGAGCUAAGCUACAACAACUGGAACACAGCUGGAUUACGCUAAACUAACGCUAAGCUAACGCCAGGAUAACGCUAGGAGAAAGCUAAGCUAGCGCUAGCCGCCCCCCCUCCGUCUGCUCCUGGCACCCCGUCAGGAGGCGCUGGUUCUCGGUGCCUUGCUCGGUUCCUCUCGUCAGAAAGCUACGAGGUCUUGAGAGUCAUCCAGUUGGAGCAGAGGAUGAGGAGAUGAAUGGAGUGAAUUUUGAAGCAGAACAAACAGGAGAGGACUGUCAAGGUCAGAGAUUCCUACUUUCACCUUCAUCUAAACAUGUCGACUUAGCAGCAUGUGGCAGCUGUUUGUGUUACGAUAAAGGUCGUCCAGCUGCGGGGAGUCUUCCUAUGAGCCCCGUCUCGUGCUGUGGUACAGGAGGACAUCCUGUUUGAAUCAGACAUAUCUGUGGUGACUCUGAGGUGUACAACCUGGAGGCACAGAGUGGAUGCUGCCCACUCAUUUUUAAUAAUUAUACUGGUAUCCGCAUCGGCCCCAUAAAUCGAUAUGAGUCGGGCUCUAGUAACAACCCACUCCAGUAUAAUGAAAACGAGCUCUGCACCGUCACCAGUGAAUCAGAGCCUGGAUCUGCUGCUUCAUGGAGGCAGACGUACAGGAGCAAGAUGAUUGGUCAGGCGUUGGGGCCCGGCUCAAACAAACCACAACCAAGCUGGUUGAAAUGCAGCUGAAUUUAGACCUGAAAUCUGAAUCUGUGUGGAGGCAGUUUGAGAUGUUCAUGUCAGUGUCGUUUCCUAUAGGAGGAGCGACGGAUCCAGACAAACCUGCUUUGAAACAAGGCAGCGGUCAGUCAAAAUACCGUCACCGCUGUACAGUAUGCAACAGAGAGUUCUCUCGUCCGUCCCGCCUGGCGGACCACAUGGCCGCGCACUCAGGCGACAAACCACACAGCUGCUCCGUGUGUGGGAAGCGCUUCAGCAAAAAGAUCAACGUGACGGUGCAUCAGCGCGUUCACACCGGCGAGAAGCCGUACUCCUGUCCAGUCUGCGGGGUCAGCUACGCCCAGCUGGGCUGCCUGCGGAGGCACCGGCUCGGACACGCCGCUGAGAAGCCCCACCAAUGCUCGGUAUGUGGGCGAGGAUUCGUUCAGCGGCGACAUCUUGUACAACACGAACGGAUGCACACAGGCGAGAGGCCGUUCUCCUGUCCGCUGUGUCCCAAGCGCUUUGCCUCUAGGACCGGGCUCAGCGGUCACCAGAAAACCCACAAAGAGGAGAACCUGCGCUCCUGCUCGUUCUGUGAGAAGGUUUUCUCCACCCCGUCGUCCUUUAGGGAUCAUGUGAGGCUCCACACGGGACAGAAACCACACCCCUGCUCGUUGUGCCACAAGAGCUUCAACCGGCCGGGGCUGCUGAGGAAACACCUGCAGAAACACGCUGAGGAAGAAGACGUGCUCGAAGCUGCAAAGAGGGGGGAAACGUCUCAUAGCUGCCUCCUGUGCCACAAAAGAUUCUCCACCGCUGAGAAGCUGCAGCUGCACCAGCACUUCCACCAGAGGGUGCUGCACUUCAGCUGCGACACCUGUGGCCGAGGUUUCACCAGAGCGUCCCGGCUGAGCGAGCACGUCAGGUCUCACACCGGAGAAAAACCGUUUCAGUGCGCUGUCUGCAAGAAGCGGUUCUCCGUGCAGAGAGUGUUCAGGAAGCACCAGGAGAUCCACAGCAAAGAGGGACGCGCCGCCCCUGACGAGUGGGCCCCUGCACGAGGAGACCACCAGAUCGACGCUGUGGAGAAGCCUCACUGCUGCUCCGCUUGUGGAAAGACUUUCCCCACAGCCGCCAACCUGCGAGCGCACGUGAGGAUCCACGUGUCCGACAGACCGCACUCCUGCAGCAUCUGCUCCAAGAGCUUCCUGCGGCCCUGCCUGCUCCGCAAACACAUGAGGAUCCACAUCAGAGACGGACUCAUCGCCGACCCCGCCGACAAGGAGUUCUGGUCAAACAUGCAAACUGUGGAGGAGGAGGAGGAGACGGAGGAGAAAAGAGGGAUGAAGAUGGAGGACGAAGAAGAAGACGGUCUGGACGACCAGAUAAGAAAUUCCGUCUCCUACAAUAGAAACAAGGACUCAGGAGACCGUUUAGCCACCGCCGAGUCCUUCACCUGGACAUCCAGCCCGCUGCCAGGUAACCAUGACGACCGUGACCACUCUGCGUUGAGGAAGGACGACGGGGAAGGAAAUGAGGACGGGGACGUCAGCGGUUUGAUAAACUCUGAUGGAGAGGAAGAGGAGUGGAGGCCGCCACUCACAGAUUCAGCGAGCGGCUCGGAGACGCCGGCGGACAGCCGCGGUGACGGGAAAGGGAAACACUGUUGUCCCGUGUGCAGUCGCGACUGUUUCAAAGCCUCAGCGCUGCAGAAACACCUGAGGAUUCACUCUGGCGAGCGUCCGUUCCAGUGCCCCACCUGCAGGAAGAGCUUCACGCAGCAGGUUCACAUGACGGAGCACCUGAGGAUUCACACCGGAGAGAAGCCCUACACCUGCACCGACUGCGGCAAGAGCUUCACCUUCUCCAGCGCUCUGCGCCGGCACCAGCGGCUGCACACUGAUGCGCGACCGUACCAGUGCUCCGUCUGCCAGAAGACCUUCAAACAGCAGUGCUCGCUCAAGACCCACCUGCUGACGCACUCAGGAGUCCGCUACCAGUGUCCGCUCUGCAGCAAGAGCUUCAGCCGCGCCCUGGAGCUCACCUACCACGUGGACAUGCACUCAGACGCACAGCCGUACUUCUGCGACAUCUGCAAGAAGAACCUGAGUGGAGCCAGGAUCUACCGCAACCACAUGAAGAAACACGAGUCACAGACUUCACCACAGACUUCACCACAGACUUCACCACAGACGCCACCACAGACUUCACCACAGACGCCACCACGAGAAGGUGCAAAGGAAGCGGUCGGAGCCCCCGAGACUCUUUAAAGGAUCGAUUUGGUAUUUUCCACGUUUGUGGUUCCUCCUGAAAUCUGAGCACCGUUUGUUUUCUGAAUAACUAAAGUCUUAUUUUUCAAGGUGCUGGUUUGUAGCAAAUACAAACUUGAUCUGAAGGAGAUGUGAGGCUCAGUUUGGGGUUUGUAACUUUAGGUGAAUGAACCUGAACACGUUCCCGCAAAUACAACUGGUUUUACAUUUCUGUUAUUGGUAAAUAAACCAGAGACGGAACGUUCUUCAGUGACCUUUAAAUGUGUCGGUAGCUUUUCAUUUGGCUUCAUGCUAAGCUAGGCUAACGUUAUCCUGACACAUCAAUCUACACCUGGAAUCUGUUUCUAUUCUCCGACUGUGAACUGAUCUCUGAUUGGUCGAUAGUCUUUUCUACUGCAUUGCUUCUUCCAGUUUUUCCCACAGACUGUAAAUAAAGAUGGACGUCAUGAGAACUCCUGGAAGUGACACUAGGCCGUCGCCCCCUGGUGUCCGGCUGCAGUAUAUGUCAUAAAACCCUCCUCCAUGUUAGCA